UCACUUUCUGUGAAGAAAUGUGGACUUCUUCUAAUGGAGAUAUUGUUGAUUUUGCAUUUGGAAUAAAUAAGCUGUUUGUCCAAACCAAUACUUGGAUUUAUCAACUGAGUCUCGACCUCAUUCUGGAAAUGUCAAAUGAGACAAACUACAACGCAAUGGGGACUCUGGUCCCAUUUCUGAGUAACAGGACAUUGAUAGUAUGUGGAUCAUCACACUACAACCCAUACUGUAACGUUCUUGACAUUAAUGACAUCUCCAAAAGGAUACACAUGGAAGAAAUAAGCAUCGGGUCAAAUCCGAAUGUAGCAUUUAUAAUUGGUCAUCACUCUGAAAAAUUCUUACUGGUGGCCGUUAAAAACUCGAUAGAUUCUGGCGCCGACGCUUGGGUGACUUUACGCUCAACAAGCAAUGCACAACCUGGGGGCAUCUUUUCCAGAUCAGAGCGUAACGGUAUGGCAGCCAUUCAGCCAAUUGAAGGCACGGCGGUCCAAGUGGUGGAUGGCUUCGAGCUUACUGCAUCCCUUGAGGUGUUUCUAUUCGUAAAUGUAAUGAGUGGAUCCGUGUCCAGUGUGAAACUCUUGAGCCUUGACAGCAGCAAGACCCAAUACCGGUUGUCAGCCAAAAGGGAAACGUUCAAGACCCUGCAAGGUGCAGUCCUGCAGUGCUACGCGGGAGAGUCGUGGAUACUUCUAUCCUCCGCCGUUAUUCCCGGAGACUCCCCCGUCCUUUGGACAGGUGUCUUUCAGAGCGAGAAGAACCCUUUGGACUCGGUGGUGGCGAUUUUCAACAUCAGCCGAUCUCUCACAGGCAAAGUUACAGGUUUCUGUACAAAAACAGAACGCUGUGACAAACAGCCUGAGAAUAUCGCAGAUAAAAUCUUGACGCCAGUUCUGCUUCUGCUGAGGAAGGCCUCUGUAACAUCGGUCGCUGUCUUGAGAAGCAACUCUUGGAUUAUGCUUUUCUGCAGCACUGAGACUGGACUUCUUAUCAGGGUUGAUCUGGAUGAAUCUCUCAAACCAGGCUGCCCCAAUGUGUUGUACAGCUCAUAUGAUGAUCAGCCGUUUUCGCGCAAGAUGCUCUUUAAUCCAGUCAAUCACACACACAUUUACCUGGUGCAAGGCACACAGAUGAGAAAGAUCCCUGUAGCCCAGUGUGAAGUGUAUAAGUCUCUUAGUGACUGUUGGUCUGCAAUUGACCCCUUCUGCGGAUGGUGUGUGUCUGAUCACAAGUGCACGUUUCAGCACGACUGCUCCCCCUCUGACUGGGUCUCAGUUCCUGGUACGGCCAAGAAGAGGGAGGUCAAUUCUGUCCAUAUGAACAGAGAUAGCACUGGACAGGACAUCAUGGUGACAGCUUCCCCCAAUCUGAAUGCGAGCAUUGAUUUCUCGUGUUCAAUAGAGGAGUGUGAUAAUCCUGGACCUGUAAACACCUGUUCCUGCACCUUUUCCAGUGAUAGCUUCCCUGCUGAAGGACUCAAUAUAAAAGUCAAGAUCAUGGUGCAAAGGGAGACACAUAUUCAAAAGGUCCAUUUGAAGAACUGCCCCAGUAUCAGAGGAACACCAACUUCUGCUCUGUGUAUGGAGUGCAUCUCUGCAGGCUGUGAGUGGACUUCAGAUUCUGAGUGCACCUGGAGACCAGUCUCUGCAAACUCUUCUGCCUACACACAGUUGUCUGAGGAUGGAUGUAAGGGCCUCCCUUCAGGACAAAACGAUGAGCCAAAGCCAGAGGUUAUAUCUAUGACACCCAGUGAAGUCUCCAUCCAUGGCCAAAAUGGUGCCAUCAUCACAGGCCGGAGCCUGAAAUCCGUCACCAAGGUCCGUUUCCAAGGAACGCUGGACUGCAAUCCUAAAGAGUCGCCAGUGCUCUAUUCUACAAACGCCAGUUCUGAAUUUUUGACGUUCAACAUUCCAAGUGGAACCAAAGGCACGGUGAGAGUGUGUGUGUUGACGCCAGGCGACCAGUGCCACAGCAACGCCACACUCACCUAUGACUCCCCGCCUACCUGCAGGAGAUUACAGCCAAAGACCACAUGGGUCAGUGGUGGCAGGAAGAUUCAGAUUUUGGGCUCCAAGUUGAUGUUUGUAGAGCAGGUGAAGCAUGCUGACUGGCUUGCUUACAUGACCCCUGAAUUUAUCUCUGAGGUAAAUACCCAUGUAUUCUUCUCUGUGGAUUUAACUGUGGCCAACCAGUCAGUGAGGUGCUCACAGAAGCUGUCCUAUCUCCCAAACCCACAAUUUACCAGUUUCACCCCUGUGCAAAUAGGCAAAAACACAGCAGUUUACAUACAGAAAACGGCAGACUCUCUAGGCUUGAAUGGAACAGAGAUCCAGGUGGAGGCUCUGCAGUGGGGCGAGUCGUACGAGUGUGAGGUGCAGGGAAUCGAGCACAGCGAUGAUGCCUCCACCGUGAUCUGCAAGAUUAGUGACUAGGCAGGACUCAGUAUUGACACUAUCAAG